AUGGAAUCGAGCAUUUCUUUCGAAAUUAUUGAAAUUCCCGGCGACGGCGCGUGUCUUUUUUCUUCAUUAUCGCUUUUAUUGUAUAACACAGUGUCCUUUAGUGAUCAAAUAAGAAGUGAAAUUGUGCUUUACGUGUUUAAAAACUGGCAGAGAUUCCAAUGCUUUACCAAUCAGUUAAAUGGAGAACCUUAUAGUAAUAAACAUUCGUACUUUGAUGACAUGUCGAGGCCCAACACGUAUGGGACUCUUUGUGAAAUCAAAGCGGCGGCAGAAUUAUUUACAUAUGAGUUUCAAGUGUACCAACAUGGUCAUCUAAUAGUUGCGUUUGGAGAAGCAACAAACGGAAUUAAAAGAUUAAGGUUUACUGGGAAUUUUAAUAAAGGUCACUUUGACGUUUUACUUCCAUUGACUGAACCCAUCAAUAACGGUGUUUCUCAAUCGGAAAGUAUUGAUAACGUUCAAGCAUCUUUCACUCAACCAUCACUUUCAUCAAGGAGAGGACAAAAACGGCGAAAAAGAUUUUCAGGUACAAUUAGGUCUAAACAACUUAGAAAAGCUGCUUCAAAAUAUGCGGUAAAUCAUAAAGAAGUUCAGAGAAAGGCUGUUAAAAAAUACAAAAAAAAUCAUCCUGAGAUCCAAAAAAAAGCAGUUCAAACGUAUGUUAAUAAUCAUCCUGAAGUUAUUAAUAAAGCUCAAAAAGAUUAUCAGACUAGAAAUCCGCAUGUUAAUAAAGCAGCUACAGCUAAAUACCAUGAAAAAACAACAAGGACUAAAUUAUUGCCCUGGACUUCUAAGUGUUUAUCUGGUUUUAAAUACAAUUGUCAAAUUGAUUAUUCCAAUGACAAAAUUGUCAAUCUUGGUCCCCGUUCUCCUUGCCAAUGGUGUAAUGCUUUGAAAUGGAAAGAUGAGACUCAAGGAAUGUGCUGCAGUAGUGGUAAAGUUCAACUUUCUAAGCUUGGCCUCCAUCCUGAACCUUUACACAGCUUAUUGACUCAUCAGGAUCCAUUGUCAGAACAUUUUCUAAAAAAUACCCGUAAGUAUAAUGGAUGUUUCCAAAUGACAUCUUUUGGAGCCAAAGAGGUAAGAGAAGGAAAUUUUAUGCCAACUUUCAAAGUUCAAGGGCAGGUUUAUCACAGAAUAGGCAGCUUGAUGUCUGAACCUAACCAAAAGCCUUCUUUUCUUCAAAUAUACUUUGUUAGUGAUGAAUGUCAUGAAAGAGACAUCCGUUGUGGAAUUUAUCCUGGCGUUUAUCCGGAAUUAGUUCAUCAAUUGCAGAAGUUGUUAUAUCAGCAUAACAAAUAUCUUAAGGAUUUUAAGGCUGCAAUAGAUUCAAUUCCUAAAGAUCAAAAAGACUUCAAAGUAAUAAUUAAUGCUGACAGAAAACCGGCUGGAGAACAUAAGGGCCGUUUUAAUGCUCCUCAGGCAAAAGAAGUUGCAGUUCUCAUUGUCGGACAGGAUUUCGAAAAAAGCGACAUUGUUCUUCACAGUAGAGACAAUAAGUUGAUGCGAAUUAGUGAAACACACCGCUCAUAUGAUGCUUUACAAUAUCCUUUGAUGUUUUGUUAUGGAGAAGAUGGCUAUCACAUCAAUAUAUCUAAGCGUGACGAGACGACUAAACUGCCUCUCGAUAAGACAGUAUCUGCUUCAGAAUUUUACAGCUUUAGGAUUAUGGAGCGUGAGAAUGAAGUGUGCUAUUUAUUGCGAUUCCGCAAUCUUUUAAAUCAAUUUUUAGUUGACAUGUACGCAAAAAUUGAGACUGAAAGACUUAACUAUAUUCGUAACAACCAAAAAAAACUGAGAAGUGAGGAAUACGUUCACUUGAAAGAUGCUUUGUCAAAAAAUGAUGAACAAUUAUCAACAAUGGGAAAAAUGGUUGUGUUGCCUUCUUCUUUUACUGGAGGACCCCGUUACAUGCAUGAGCGAACUCAAGAUGCAAUGACCUAUGUACGUCAUUAUGGACGGCCAGAUUUAUUUAUAACAUUCACCUGCAAUCCUAAGUGGCCGGAAAUAACGCAGCUUUUGAGUGAAGGUCAACAGUCUUAUGAUAGACAUGACAUCGUAGCGAGGGUUUUCAAUGUGAAAGUGAAACAUAUGAUAAAACUUCUUACAGUAGGUCGUAUCUUUGGUGACACAAGGUGUCACAUGUACACCAUAGAAUGGCAAAAACGUGGACUCCCUCAUGUUCAUAUUCUAUUAUGGUUAGAAGAGAAAAUGAGACCAGAGUCUAUUGACCAAAUUAUCUGCGCUGAGUUACCUGAUCCAGACAUAAAUCCAGAUCUUUAUCAAAUUAUCAAGACAACCAUGGUUCACGGUCCAUGUGGAUCUUUCAACUUAAAAUCACCCUGUAUGGUUGAUGGUAAGUGCACAAAAAAUUUUCCAAAGAAAUUUUUAAAAGAAACUCAAACAGGAGAUGACGGAUAUCCCAAGUAUCGUAGACGAUCACCAGCAGACAGAGGAAAAACUUUCAAACUUAACGGAGUUGAAAUCGACAACCGAUGGAUAGUGCCGUACAAUCCCGUUCUAUCCCAUACCUUCGGGACUCAUGUUAAUGUUGAGAGUUGUAACUCCGUAAAAGCCAUAAAAUACAUCUGUAAUUAUUUAAAUAAAGGAUCUGACCAAGCAUCGUUUACCGUUCAGGAUUUUGAUGAGGUGACGAAGUACCAGGCGGGACGUUACAUCAGUAGCUCUGAAGCAGUCUGGCGAAUAUUUCGUUUUCCUAUUCAUGACAGGUUCCUUUCGGUGAUGCAUCUUGCUGUACAUCUUGAAAAUGGUCAAAGAAUUUAUUUUACUAAGCAAGAUGUGAUUGACAAAGUAAUUAAUCCAAAAAAAACAACACUCAUGGCUUUUUUUGAGCUUUGCCAAGUUGAUGACUUUGCAAAAACUCUAUUGUAUGUUGAAGUUCCAGCUUAUUACGUAUGGAAAAAUAACCGCUUUGAUAGAAGAAAAAAAGGUAAGGUUGUUUCAGGUUAUUUAGGAGUCAAGAAAGAUCAAGUUUUAGGUAGAGUUUAUACCGUGCAUCCCGGAAAUACUGAAUGUUAUCACCUGCGUCUUCUCCUACAUGAGAUUCGAGGUCCUACAUCAUUUUCUGCUUUGAAAACUGUUGAUGGAGUGAUUCAUCCAACAUUUCAAGCAGCAUGUAGAGCACUUGGUCUUCUAGAAGAUGACGCUAAUUGGUAUCGCACUCUGGAUGAAGCUUGCAUCUCUGAUUCGCCCUACAAGAUCCGUGAGCUGUUUGCCAUUAUGUUAGUUUUUUGUCAUGUUGACGACCCAUCGAAAUUAUGGGAGAAAUAUCGAGAUUAUUUUUCAGAAGAUAUUAAGAGAGAGGUAGAACGAGACGGUGGAAAUGUUGAGCUGUUACUUGACGUUAUUUACAACAAAUGUCUCAUACUACUUGAAGAUAUUGUUAUAUCAAUGUCUGGAAAAACACUUCUUCAGUUCGGCCUCCACUCUCCAACCCGAGAUGAAAGGUUUAUUGUCACUAAUCGUCAAUAUUUGCGUGAAUUGGCUUACGACACCGUCUAUUUAACUAAAGUUGUAGCUGAAAAUGUUCCUAAAUUAAAUCUAGAACAGAGAAAAGUUUACAAUGAAAUUUUAAAUUCGAUUAUAUCUGAUUCUGGGCAGUUGUAUUUUCUUGAUGCUCCACGUGGUACUGGAAAAACGUUUUUAAUCAAUUUACUGCUUGCGAAAAUCAGGAGUGAAAAAAACAUCGCUAUAGCCGUUGCUUCUUCAGGAAUUGCUGCGACUUUGAUAGACGGAGGUAAAACAGCUCACUUUGCCUUUAAAUUACCUCUCAAUUUAGGUUAUUCUGAGUCUCCACUUUGUAACAUCUCUAAACAGAGUGAUAUGGCUCAUGUGCUGCGAGAAACAAAAAUUAUUAUCUGGGACGAAUGCACUAUGGCUCACAAAAAUAGUAUUGAAGCUCUAAACAGAUUGCUCAAAGAUAUUAGAGGUUGCGACCGAAUUAUGGGAGGAGUAAUUGUUCUCUUGGCCGGUGAUUUUAGACAAACUUUGCCUGUUGUGCCACGAGGAACACGUGCAGAUGAAGUUAAAGCCUGUAUUAAGUCAUCAAUUUUAUGGCCUUCGGUCAAAGUUUUAUCUUUGACUAUCAAUAUGCGUGUUCAUCUUCAGCCAAAUUCGAAAGCAGAAGAGUUUUCAAAAAUACUGAUUGAUAUAGGUGAUGGCCAAAUUCCGGAAGAAGACGGAAGAAUAAACGUGUCCUAUAUUAAUUGUGAAACUGUCCCAGAUUUAAUCACCUUGACUGACAAAAUAUACCCGAAUAUUGACAAAGCUGGCGAUAAUUGUAGUUCAUGGUUAAAGGAGAGAGCCAUCCUCACACCAACCAAUGAACAAGUCAAUUGUAUUAACAACUUUUUGCUGGAGAAACUGCCAACUGAGCAAGUAAGAUAUGAAUCGGUGGACAAAGUACUGGAGGAUGAAGAAGCUGUCCACUAUCCUGUUGAAUUCUUACACACACUCGAUCCACCAGGGAUACCACCUCAUGUUCUUCAACUCAAGAUUGGCACUCCAAUAAUGUUGCUCCGCAAUUUAAAUCCGCCAAAAUUAUGUAGUGGUACCAGGCUUCAAGUCAAGGUCUUACACAAAAAUGUCAUUGAAGCCAUGAUUUUCACCGGAAAAUAUGAAGGAGAAACUGUAUUCAUUCCAAGGAUCCCUCUGAUUCCAUCAGAUUACCACUUCGAAUUUAAACGUCUGCAAUUUCCUGUCAAAGUUUGUUAUGCCAUGACGAUUAACAAGGCACAAGGGCAGAGUUUAAAGAUGACUGGUAUUGAUUUAAGAAAUGACUGUUUCUCUCAUGGCCAACUAUACGUGGCAUGCUCAAGAGUAAGUUCACCUGACAGCUUGGUCAUUCUUCAACCAAUAGGAAAAACGAAGAAUGUUGUAUAUAAAGAAGUUUUAAGUAUUUAA